GCAGGUGGUCUUUUUUGGGUUAGCGACUGAAAUCUGUCAGAUCAGCGGAGCGUACAAUCUCCUCAUACCUUCAUAUAUUUCAUGCUGUUUCGUUCCCCUAGACAUCGCUAGAGGCUCAGGUGUAGUUCCAGGCGUCAGUAGAUUUGGAUUGUAACUUUUUGUCGUCUGUAGCCGAAGGAAACAGCAAAGAAUGACGAGCAAUACAAAGCGGAAAGAAGAAAGUCAUCUGCUGAAUGGGGGUGUAAAACAGUCCACAUGGAGCAAAGCCUUCAACAGUAAUGCUGUUUGGGAAGAGAAGGAUGAGUUUUUAGAUGUGAUAUACUGGCUUCGACAAAUUAUUGCAGUAAUCCUCGGCGUGAUAUGGGGUGUUGCCCCGUUGAAAGGAUUUCUGGGCAUAGCCAUAUUCUGCAUCAUCAACGCUGGCGUCCUGUAUGUAUACUUCAGCAGCUUUCAGCAGAUUGAUGAGGAAGAGUAUGGUGGCACGUGGGAACUCACCAAAGAAGGCUUCAUGACAUCUUUUGCUCUGUUUCUGGUGGUGUGGAUAAUCUUUUACACAGCGCUACAUUUUGACUGAGAAGAAUCAAUUGGACACUAAAAACAAACAUUUCUGUUGAAGUAAAUUGUCAAGACAGAGGAACUCCAUGGCUUGUGGGGGUGUCAACACUCCUGCAUAUACAGUAUGACUUUUCAGUGUACAGUGCUUCAUUGGAAUCCUAGUUUGAUUAACGAGAUCCUGCAAGACCACCGCGAUGAACAUGUUCCAAUACUGUACAUCUCUCUUAAUUUGGGGGCCCCUCCAUGACACUCCCCAUAUGUUAUAUUACCUUCCCCACCACCAUCUCUGACAAAACACUAACAAAUGUGACCGCCAGAUAGUUCAGCUGAGAUUGGUAAAUCAGAAUAAGGAUUUUUGUUGGUUUUACUGCAGGCCUUUUCUUGACAUUAAUGCAGAUUUUAAAUUGUAAAGAUAACAACCAUUGUCUGUAUUCAUCCUCGCUGCUUGCAAGGUUAAGUAACAGGAACUGGGAAAUAAAAACGAAGUCUCACCAUAUAGUCAUUAGGGUUCAAUCAGUCCACAUGUGUGAAGUGUUACCUUUUAAUUUAGGGACAAAACGCACCAUAUUUGAUGUCUAAAACUACUCUUAAAGGAUUAACUUUUUGUUACCGUCGCUGUUAAAUCACCCCCCUUUGAAAUGUCAAUUCAAAAUGGUAUGUUUGCCUUUUUAAGAAACCAAUCUGGGCCUGACAAUAAAUGAGUUAAGUGUCAUGGCAGUAAGCACAUUAUAGUACUAUAAAGAAUAACUCCUACAGUAUGUGUCUGUGGUUUUAAAUGAAAUAUGUGAUGAAGAGCUUCAUUUUCUUUGCUCCAUGGAUAUAAAUAUAACAUUUUUGAAUAAAAUCUGACAGUUGUUAUUUCUUCUGAAGAGUCUGGUGUCCAACAAAUGUGAAAACUAGUAGCUAACCACGUCUUAAAUCUCACUAAUUUUAGCAUCACAAACAAGUGCUGGUGGUCAGAUACACAUAUCAGCUGAUAUCCAAUCGCAGUAUCUACCAGUAGUAUCAAUGCGCUGUUACUGCAGUCAGGAACUAACAACCAUCUAAGUUAUCUGUCCAUUGUAAUCAUUUCUUCAAGGGCAAAGGGGGGGAGGAAAUGUGCAUGCCGUUUCCAGAUGCAAACGUUCACAGAUUCAGACUACAAACUGGUCUGUGCACUGCCAUGACUUGCUGUUCAUAUAUAUCUAGAUGUCAUUUACCAAUGGCAUUAGUUAGGAGGGUAGGAAUAAUUUAAAAAUUAUCUGUUUUUUUUUUCUCUCACAUGUAGCUUCCAGAUCAAAGUCUUGCCUGUUUUAUUGAAAUUAAUUUAAACAUGUCUGUAAAUUCUGUACAAUGUCCCUUUUGUCAAAUCCACCUUGUAUUAUUACACAGAUUUAUUUGUACUUAUGUUAUAUCUUGUUUGAUGUAACAUAUUUCUCAGUAUUUUAUAGUGAAGAACUCUUAAAAACAAGUUCUCGCCAAGUUCUUGUAAUGAUACUGUUAUAUUAGAUACGCAGCUGGUGUUUGAAAGGAUUGUAUUUUCUGAUCAAAUCUUUUGGGAAUCAUUAAACAUGGGCUUUAUUUGGCCUCCAUUUUCAAAGA